AUGGAUGUAUUUGGCGCAUUCCUCGGUGCGUUUCGCGCGCGUCGCGCCCCGAGGACGCGCGGCUGCUGGAGGCUGCUCGCGCUGCUCUGCCUCUUCUCUCACAACUACCUGGGCUCGCUGCUGGACUGCCCGCCCACCUGCAGCUGCUCGCCCACCGAGAUCUACUGCAAUAAGUCCGACGGCAGCCGCGUCUUCCCGCUGCUGUCCUUCCAGGGCAACGCCGGGAACGGCUCCGCGAACCUGGAGGACCUGCAGAACAUCACGGCCAUACACAUUGAAAACUGGACGGAUCUGCAGACGUUAAGACACAUCGAUAUGGAGCUUUACACCGGGCUGCAGAGGCUAACUAUAAUAAGGAGUAACCUCAACACGAUUCACCCUCGAGUUUUCUCCAACAACCCCCAGCUGCACUACAUAAACUUGUCCAAGAACCCGAUGCUGACCACACUGUCCUGGCGGAUCUUUGGACAUCUGCAGCUCACAGAAUUGCAUUUAGAGGAGGUGGUGUUUAAAUGUGGCUGUGAGAUUCGCUGGCUGCAACUAUGGCAACAGAGAGGAGAAGUGGGACUGAGCAACCAGCAGCUGUACUGUAGCGACGACUUCAGGGAGAUACUGCUGCAGGAUAUGAACAUCAGCAACUGUGACUUGCCAGAGAUCAGCGUGAGCCACAGCAACCUGACGGUGGUGGAAGGCGACAACGUGACGGCGGUCUGCAACGGCUCUGGAUCGCCGCUGCCCGAGGUGGACUGGCCGGACAGCGGCCUGCGUUCCAUCACGCGACAAGAGUCCAGUGUCUACGAGAACGGCACCAUCCACUCCAUCAACUUCACUCUCUACAACGUGAGCAGAGACGACAACAACUUCCUGUUGACCUGCACCGCCACCAACGUCGUGGGCAUGACCAACGCUUCUGUUCAGCUCACUGUGCACUAUUCUCCCAUCAUUGUGAAGCUGAGCGAGCCAGAGCGCCGUCACGACACGUGCAUCGAGUUCACGGUCCGUGGCUCGCCACACCCGACCCUCAGAUGGUUCUACCAAGACAAGGAGCUCUCCCACACUGACUAUGUGCGUCUUGAUAUGGAUACGUACCAGGACGACAUCGAGGGCUGCCUCACCUUCAAGAACCCAACACACCACAACAACGGCAACUAUACCUUAGAGGCCACCAACUACCUGGGCGUGGCCACCAACACCGUGUACGGACACUUUCUGGACAAGCCGUUUGAUGCAGACUAUUCCAGUCCAGAUUAUGAUUAUAUAACUCCGACGGCAGAGACUCUAAAGCCUUCAGAUGACACUUUCGGGGUGUCCACAGCAGUGGGUCUGGCCGGCUUCGCCUGUGUGAUGCUCGUGGUUUUGUCCCUCAUCAUCAGCAAGUAUGGACGGCGAUCCAAGUUCGGCAUGAAAGGUCCAGUCGCAGUGAUCACCGGUGAGGAAGACUCUGCCAGCCCUCUUCAUCAUGUGAACCAUGGCAUUAUCAGCCCCUGUACGUUGGACGCUGGUUCCGAUGCCGUGGUGAUCGGGAUGACCAGGAUCCCCGUGAUCGAGAACCCACAGUACUUCAGACAUGGACACAACUGCAACAAACCUACGACAUAUGUUCAGCAUAUCAAACGGCGAGACAUCAUUCUGAAGAGGGAGCUGGGAGAAGGAGCCUUCGGGAAAGUCUUCCUGGCUGAAUGUUAUAACCUCAGUCCCACUAAAGACAAGAUGCUGGUGGCCGUAAAGACUCUGAAGGAUCCCACACUUGCAGCCAGGAAAGAUUUCCAGCGAGAGGCGGAGCUGCUGACCAACCUGCAGCACGAGCACAUCGUCAAGUUCUACGGCGUCUGUGUGGACGGAGACCCUCUCAUCAUGGUGUUCGAGUACAUGAAGCACGGCGACCUCAACAAGUUUCUCAGAGCCCACGGGCCAGACGCCAUGAUCCUGGUGGACGGGCAGCCUCUGCAGACCAACGGCGAGCUGGGUCUCUCCCAGAUGCUUCACAUCGCCAGUCAGAUCGCAGCCGGCAUGAUCUACUUGGCGUCUCAGCAUUUUGUGCACCGAGACCUGGCGACCAGAAACUGCCUGGUGGGAAACGGCCUUCUGGUGAAAAUAGGAGACUUCGGCAUGUCCCGGGAUAUUUACAGCACCGAUUACUACAGGGUUGGAGGUCACACCAUGCUGCCCAUCCGCUGGAUGCCCCCAGAGAGCAUCAUGUACCGGAAGUUCACCACAGAGAGCGACGUGUGGAGCUUCGGAGUCAUUCUGUGGGAAAUCUUUACUUACGGCAAACAGCCGUGGUUCCAACUCGCCAACAACGAGGUGAUCGAGUGCAUCACUCAGGGCAGGGUUCUGGAGCGUCCCCGGCUCUGUCCCAAGGAAAUCUACGACAUGAUGCUGGGCUGCUGGCAGAGGGAGCCGCAGCAACGCCUUAAUAUUAAAGACAUCCAGAAGAUGCUGUUUACGCUCAUGAAAGCCACACCAGUCUACCUGGACAUACUGGGCUAGAGGCGGUUCAAGCGAAGAACGAAAGGGAAGCUGAACCUGAUCGUCGCUGGAUCGAAGACAAACGGACGGCCUUGGAGCGGAAGACAGAGCCUGGACACACAGCACAAACUGUGACUGAGCCGCGGGAAUCGGGGUUGGGGGUGAACUCUACGUUGUUUUUAC